AUGCGCUACAACACCGUCUUCACUCUUGCUACGAUGGCUCUUGGCUUCGCCGGCGAGGUCAUUGCCAAGCCAAACGUCGUCAUCGGCUACUACCCCUCGUGGAAGAAACAAUACAUGCCGGCUGUUGACUUUACCAAGUACACCCACAUCAACCUUGGCGAUUGGUUUGAGCCCCAGGUGGUCACUGAGAUGCACGGCAAGGGCGUCAAGGUUCUGAUGUCUAACCCGACCACCCGCAGCACUCUGCUUACCAGCAUGGUGAACCAUGUCCGGGACUUCAACCUCGAUGGUAUCGACAUUGACUGGGAGUACCCAGGACGUCUGGGCAACAACUGUAACGUUGUUGAUGCCGCCAACGACACCCCCAACUUCCUCAAGUUCCUGCAGGAUCUGCGUGCCCAGUUCGAUUCGACUUUUGGCACUCGUAAGAAGCUUAUCAACCUGGCUGUGCGCGUCGAGCCCUUCGACGUUGUCGACUAUGCUAACCUGAUGCAGUAUGACGUUAACGGUGGAUGGAACCCGCAGACUGGCCCUAAUGCUCCGUUCAACUACGAGAAGGGCAAGGGCAUGCAGGUCUCGUUUCUCACUGCGGGCCUCGGGUUCUAUGGUCGCUCGACCACAGCUACUGUUGACAUGACCAAGGAUCCGAACAACCAGUACCAGAACCAGUCAUCGGUUGUCCCUAUUGGUGACUCUGAGGAUGGAGCGUGGUGGGAUUCGUGCGCUGGAAGCGGUGGAUACUCUGGCAACUGGCAGUGGAAGCACCUGCGUGACCAGGGCAUUCUUACCUCGCCGACUACUGCUGCGGCCCCGUGGGUUCGCAAGUUCGAUCCUAUCUCGCAGACACCGUGGCUGUUCAACCCGAACACCAAGAUCUUUAUCUCGUACGAUGAUCCCCAGAGUCUGAAGGUCAAGGUCGACUAUGCUGCCGCCAAGGGUCUUGGUGGCGCUAUGGUCUGGUCCGUCAACAUGGACUACAACAACGAGCUGAUGAAUGUCAUUCAGGCCUGGCCCGGAAACGGUGACCACCUCAACAGCCAGCGCCAGUACUUCCUCGGCCCUGGAACUAGCUCUGUGCCUAUCACCACCUCAGCUCAAGUCACUACCUCAGCUUCUGCUACUACCUCUGCUCCUGCCACUACGUCGACCACUGGUGGAAGUGGACCGGUUGCUGGUGGCCCCUGCUCAUCGCCGGGCGCGUACCAGUGCGCAACCACCACCGGCAAGAACCCGGCAUACUUCAUUUGCAACAACGGCGCCUGGCUCCAGCAGGCAUGCGGCUCCGGAACCGCCUGCUUCCAGUCUGGUGCGAACAUCGUCUGCAACUGGCCGAGUGCUUAAACCCCUCUUAUACUUUAGCUACCCUAAACCUACUCCCAAUUACUGGCAGCAGUGUUUGAGGGUUACAAUUCCUGGAUUAC